AUGCGGAUCCGUUCUAUGACAUUGGCUGCGGAUAACCUGGCUGCGUUUUACGCCGCGCUCGUCGGCGGUGACGUCACCACGCUGCGUACGUCGCGACGUUGUCGGUGCGUGCCUACGUCAUCGGGAUCUCGCGCGCGCCUGAUAGAUGACGUCACUGGUGGGGGGGGGGGAUGGGUCGCGCUUUUACGCGUUGACGUCACGACGUUGACGUGCCGGCUCGCGCACGAGCUUUACGCGCUGACGUCCGCGGGCGUGCGCGAUGACGUCGAGGGCGUGCGCGAUGACGUCGAGGGCGUGCGCGAUGACGUCGAGGGCGUGCGCGAUGACGUCGAGGGCGUGCGCGAUGACGUCGAGGGCGUGCGCGAUGACGUCGUGGGCGUGCGCGAUGACGUCAUGGGCGUGCGCGAUGACGUCGAGGGCGUGCGCGAUGACGUCGAGGGCGUGCGCGAUGACGUCGCGCGGGCGUUAAUCUUCCUGGGGUCACGAGUUGACGACGUUCCCUCCAUUCAUCCGCUCGCCAUGGCCGCGUCAACCUCCUCCUCAUCCUCCUCGCUGCUGUCUCUGCUCUUCGUGACGGCGCUCACGCUCUCAGCGGCGGAGCCGGUCAAAUUCAAAGACUGCGGUUCCCAGACGGGAAAGAUAUCAGCGGUGAACAUAAUCCCCUGUCCUACCCAGCCCUGCAUCCUCUGCAAGGACAAAACCUACAACAUCAACGUGACCUUCACCAGCGACACGGAGAGCCAGGGCUCGACGGCGGUGGUGCACGGCAUUCUCGCGGGGAUCCCCAUCCCCUUCCCCAUCCCCAACAACGAUGGCUGCAAGUCGGGUAUCACAUGCCCGAUCGCCAAGAAUCAGGCUUACACCUACGACGUGGGGCUGCCCGUCAAGUCCGACUACCCCAGCAUCAAAUUGGUGGUCAAGUGGGAAUUGAGGGACGACAAAGCAAACGAUCUUUUCUGCUUCGAGUUCCCGGUGGCCAUCAGCAGCUGCUAAAUCCAUAGCACAGAAACCAAGGCGGAGUGUGACAACACCUGCUUGUUGUCACUUUGCCUUUGGUACCAUAAGUACGGUUAUGUGAUUUGUCCAAUUCAUGACCCUGAUCACGUGAUGGAUUAAUUUCAUUGAGUCAAUGCAAUACCCUGGUGACAUGAUAAUAUAUUCUUGGCCCUGGUAAUUCUAUUCAUCCUAUCUGUCAACCCAGUCAUGUGAUCGAUUGUGUGCGUUUUUGAUAAGAUAAUUUUUUUAUGGUUACCAGGUCAGCUUUAUUAUACUUCACAGAUUGAAUGUGUACAUUUAAAGACGUUAAAAUUAUGAGUUUUAACAGUUUUUUUUUUAUAAAUGCUCACACAGUGCCUUUGACUGACCUUUUUUUUAAUACGAAUGUUCAAUCCCAGGAAUAAUUAAAUAAAGUGCUGUUUUCAAACGUUA